CUGUGGAGGACUUGCAUGCCUUUGAUUUUUUUCUUUGUAGUCGAGAUGCACUUGCCGCACCGUGUGAAGAGACAGUUCGGCAGAUUGCAAGACUUCCCUCCGGAGGGAAUUUCGACGUCCCAAGCUUUGCAUAGUAUUGACAGGAAGAAACGGUACACUGAGAAUGAUUGGCGUGUGAAACACGCACAGCCACUGGCACAGUGGGAACAAAGGCAAAGGAUGCAUCCGGAAAGUGGACCGGCACAUAGGCACAACCAUUACAAGGAGUACCUUCGGUGGCUUUAUUCAGUGGCUAGAGUUUCAGUCAAACAACCACAAUCCACUGAACCUAUAGAAGACCACGCGGACACCGACGAUGAUGAUGACAUCAUCGAUGCGUACGAUGAUAUCACUCGUGGAGGAGUUCAGCCCGAACGAGGCCCUUUGCAGAACUACAUGGCACAACAACUCGGACGCCUCGCUAACGAGGCUGGCGUGGCAAUGGCUCAUGCAAACGAAGGAGACAAUGCCGGGGGGCACUUUAGGGCAUUUGUCGAGAGAGUCCGUCGGAGCUGCAGGCGGAUGGCCGCUAGGGUCAAUUGCAUGGCUCGGCCAGAUGAGGCGUUUGGUCCACAGGCCUCUGGUGCGGGAACUUCAAGUGCCCGUGGCCCCACUUCCAGCAUACGGACACCGAUUCACUACGGUGCCGCAACCGCUACAACUCCUGGGCAUUCCGGUUCGAGAAGCCGUUCAAGGACCACUUCCAGGACUAGUUCACAUGCCUUAUCAAGGGACAAAGCUAUCCAGUCAUCCGAAGGCAGUGAAGAGUCCGACCGCCAAGGCGACUCAGAAGAUGAGGACCCAAGCUUUCAGGUGCUUAGGAUGUCACAGAUGUUUGAUGCUCCCCUAGGAACGCAGACUCAGGGUGAAUCGAGUCAGGCACCUCAGGAUGCACCCGCUUCUCCUCCGCGUCGCCGACAAAGGCGUUCUCGUGACCACACCGACGUUGGUAGCGCGAAUGUGCUCGCAACAGUUCCUGGAAGGCAACGGCGGCCCACCGACCCUUUCAGCCCUGCCGAGCGUGGACGGCGCCGUAGAUGAAGGAGCAAUGACACUUUGUUCCUAGAUGUAUUGUAAAAAUGCUACCUAGAACCUAUUUGUGCUUGUCAUGAACUAUUUGUGCUUGUCAUGGACCACUUUAGGUUGAGAUGGACAAGAUCCUUGUAAUGGACUACUGUAGGUUGUAAUGGACUAUUUGUGCUUGUCAUGGACCUGCUUAUCAUGAUAGGUCUGCCUAUUUCAUUGAUGAGCUAAGUAAUAUUUGUCAGGGUUGUGUUCUGCCUCUUGUGAUUGCUGGAGAUUUCAACCUCAUAACAGAACCAA